AGACAGGAACUUUUAAUUAGUAGAUAAACGAAAGAGAAGUGUGCUUUUCACUGCUCUCUGUUGAAGCGGUGCGUUGAAUGAUACAUAAGCUCGACAUGAGGUCUGCAGUAAGUUUACAGAAUAACGUGAAUUGAGAGGACUGCGUAUAAUUUAACAUAACGUUAAUGGUACUUAAGUAACUACGAUCGAAAGCACUUUUUACAGAGUGAUUGGAACGCCGCAACCCGGCGUACAUCCCAUGGUGCAACCCGGGGCUAGAAGAUGCCGAAGAUGAUAUAACCAAAGUCAAAUGCUACUAGUGUUGUCUUCUUCGAAAGUGGUGUCAUGUUGCUAUGUUGAACAUAAUGUACGUUCCGUUUUACUUUAUAUUUUGCACCUGUGUGUACUCUCUCCGCGCGUCACUGCCCGUGAGCGUCUAAACGUGGUAAAAGGCAACAGUGUCCAUCUGAGAUGAAACGUAGUUGGCGUGAAUCAUCUUGCUUCACCCGUUAAUCUCUGCGGUGGAACACCGUGUUCUGAACUCUGCGGUGUGCUUUGUCCAUAGCUGCAUCCGAGCCAGAACAUGGGUCCAAAGACAUAUAUUAUUUUACUGUCUACUUUUAUACCUAUAAAAGACAUUAAAUAUAUACAUUAAAUACAUACAAGAAGAUCCGAUUAUUAAUAUUGCAUUAUUACUGGAAUACUAGCAUUUUGCCUUUCAUUAUCAACAUUAUUAUUAUCAGGAAUAAUAUUACGAAAACACUAGUAUUACUAACUAAAAGAACAAAAGCAGCAACAUGCUUAGGUGGUUUUAAUGUCGUGACCCAACCUACUUAACAAAAACAUGUUCUUAACUAACUUUAAGUAAACACACUGUAAAUAACCAAACACAUAAAAAGGCAACUGUGCAAAUAUUCAAUAAAUAUGCAUUAAGGUUUCUAAUUAGUUGCAGUUUACUUCUUUUUCCAAAACUUGAUGUAUUUUGAAGAAGUAACAACAGUGCGGUCAGUUCCUACUGAACCAGUCUAAGGACUUUUUGCUUGUUUGUACUUGUCACGUGAUCUGCCCUUUAAAUAACACAAAAACAAGACAAAAACAAGAGGAAAAACAACUUGUGACGUUUAUGUUCACCCCCCCUGCACGAUUUUUACUUUUAAGACUUGACAUCAAAACAACUUUGAAGCUCUAAUGAGAUUGUGGCAUUUCCUUUAUGUAAUUAUGGACCAUUAACAUCAACUGGCCGUGCAUCAUGCAGGAUCUGACUUUGUAGUAGAGAGAUAAAUGAAGGGGUUCUGCAAACAGCCUUUGUGCAUCCUCCAAAUAGUGAAAUAUAAUGAAUUAUUUCCAAAACAAGACAACGGCAGCAUUAUCAUAAACAUCCAAUGUUAAUGUGAAGUCCUAAUAUAAUAAUAUAUUGUAGUACUACACACAAGGUUAUAUAUAAUACAUGAUUCAUAAAAACUCAGUGUUUACUAUUUCUGUUUCUAGAGUCAACCAUGUGCCUUUCUGUAUGGAGUUUGCAUGUCUCUUUCGGCGUCUGGGUGGGUUUCUACAGUAACAUGCAGUUGGGUUGAUUGGGUAGGAGUUCUUGUGUGCCACUGCUGCUUUUUACAGUUGUUCAGUAAGACAGAUAAUCCAAUAGGUGGUGCUACAUGUCCAGGGAGACUUUGGAACUUUGUGAUUUAUUGUUUUAAUGGAAAUAGUUUCUUUUUUAUAAUGUGAUUUUACCUUAAUAUGCAUUUAUUUUGUGUGCUUGUUAAUUUUUUAUACGACAUUGAAAAGCUAAAACAGGAAUAUUUUGCUGCUUCUGUAUACUGUAUAUACAGUAGGUUAUCAGAAUCAGAAAAGCUUUAUUGCCAGGUCCUGUAGAGCGCACUUUACAUAACGAGGAAUUUGACUUGAUGUUGGCAGGUGGUGCAUCUUAGCAUAAAAAAAGUACAAACAGUACAACAUGCAACAUACAACAUACAACAUGACAUAGUGACAGUACAACAUACAACAUGACAUGGUGACUGAACGACAUACAACAUGAAAUGGUACUUGGAUAGUGCAAUUAAGGAUACAAUUAAGGAUGGUCAGUUUAUAACAUGACUUGCUUUUCAGCGGUGAAGUAUCCCUUUAAGUAACAUAUUUUUACACAAAAUACAUUGUCUGUCAGUCAUGAUAGUAAGAUGAAGGAGAGACAUGAACACAAUCACUGUUUCAAACACAGUUCAAGGUCAAGUCUUAUCACUUUUAACUUAACAGCAGAACACUAAAUAAGCUACUACCACAAAGAUCAUGAGUUUCUGACUUUAGGGUCAGGGCUAUUAUAUGUUACCUAUCACUCUGAUUUAUUCUUAGCUUAGUUAUUAGCGAAAUGAAAUUAAUUGCUCACAACUGAUUGAAAAUUUUAUUACUUUAUAGGGUCAGUUUAAGAAUGUUGUGUUCUCAACACUUAUUUUCCAGCCAACAAACAGAAAAAACAGUAGGAGAGUUUGUUAAUAAAACAGUCAUAUCUCUAUGAUCCCAGUUAUUCACUGAUAACAUCUGUGAGAGAGACCUUAUUUUGUCUCAGAGUCUAUGUAUGACACAGGAUGUUUAACGUCCAUCACUGUGUGCUGUACUGAGGAACCAGCCAUGGGAUCGCUGCUGCCGAUCAUUCUUAGCCGUGAAUACCUUAUUUGUGAGGGUGACAGACUGGCAGUGUUCCCUUAUUUUGAUGUUAACCUCGAGAUCCAUCCUGAGCCACAUUCAUUUAAGUACGACCGCUUCCUAAAUUCAAACGGAACCAGGAAAACAGAUUUUUACAAAGCAGGGAAGAAGGUGAAGUACUACACCAUGCCCUGGGGUGCAGGGGUGUCUAUGUGCCCCGGACUUUCUUUGCCACUAAUGAGCUGAAACAGUUUGCUUUCCUCAUGCUGGUCUACCUUAUCUUUGAGCUGAAGAAUCCUGAUGAAAUGCCUUCAGUCGAUACAGAACAAUUCAUCCACAACAUGAGUUUCAAUACCGACUCUGAUAUAAAACUUGGUUCUUUUUUGUCAUCAGUAAGAUUUUUUUGGCACAAAAGAACAUCUUAGAACAAAAAGUCAACUUUUUUUAUUUAAUUCAAUAAUGUAUUUGAGCGCAGGCCAAGCGCUUGAUCUAAUAUAGAGAACACCAUGAGCUAUGGUUUAUCAGGUUCAGAUAACACUAGCCGAUCAUCCUUGACCUUUCCUAUUGUGCAACUUUACUGUAUUAAGUAUCAAAUGCAAACAUGCCCCAACCAGAGGCUUUUAACGCAGUCAGAAACCAGGAAGGCCACAGAAUAUGAAGCAUAUAAUAUAUUAAUUAGAUGACUUUGUCCUUUAGAUCAGGUGAAUGAAACAUGUGGAUGUUUUUCUCUCCACAAGAGCCUGUUAAACUGUCAGACUGAAUUGGGUGCCCAAACUAUGGCCAGCAGAACAACUGUGGCCCGUGAUCCAUUUUUAAUUGGCCUGCAGAAAAUUCCAAAAAUAUACCAGAAUAUGGCUCGCAUGUGAAACCUGCCCAUAUUGCAUUUUUUGGUUUGAAAUCUAGGUGGAGAUACUGAGAUACCUUCUCUACCAUUCAGAAGUGGUCUGGCUAAGUCACAGCUCCGUGCUUCAGCAGUUUUAUUCUCUGUGGUCAGAGGUCAACCAGUUUGUGAAGGAAAAGACCAACCUCUGCACUCCACAAAUACAUACAACACAAGGAACAACUCACUCCGCAUUAAAAGUGUGAAGUGCUGACUGUUUGAGCCACAGUUGCUCACUUUCAAUAUCGCACACACAAAUCUUUUUGUAUAACUACAAUGCCGAUUAAAGACUCUUUAGGUAAUCUUUAGCUUUAUUACUUACUGUAAAAAUGUAAUCAUUUUAUGUUGAUAGCAUUUUUAAACACCCUUGAUGAAAAAGGUUUGGACAACCCUGGACCAAAAGAACAAAUACAACCUUUGUCACGUCUCUGUCUCCAUAACCACCUGAGUUUGUGUUGCAGUGGGAUAAAGGACUCAGUUUUACAGUAUCUAAACUAUGUCACUAUCUCUGUGAUUUGCAUCUGGUUAUCUUUUUUAAAUGUAGGCCACAACUCUGUGAAAUCUAGGUUUGUGCAAAUGGGUCAUUGAUUUUAAGAAAAUCAGUCAGCAUAAUUACAUGAGGGGAGCAGAGCAGAGCGGACUCUUAUAAAUACCUAGGUGUGCAUCUGAACAAUAAACUGCACUAAGAUCAUAACACAGAUACACUGUAGUCUGCAGUCUUUUGGGGUGAGGGGGGGCACUCCUGGACCAGGACUCUGACCCACUGGAGGACUCAUUGUCUGCUCUGGAGCAGCUUCAGUAACAGACUGAUCCACCCUCGCUGUGUGAAGGAGAGAUAUCGCAGAUCUUUUCUACCUGCUGCUGUCAGACUCUACAACCAGAACUGUUAACUGCAUUUGCUCUGUUUAUGGAUGUGUGCUCUGUUUAUGGAUGGCUUCUCUCUGUUAUCUGUCUUUUUGCUGUUGUGGGGUGCAAUUGCCCCGCUGUGAAACUAAUACAGGCAUUCUUAUUCUUAUUUUGAAAAAAAAAAAAAACAGUUUAAUGAUUACAAUGCUCUUUGAAUAGCUGCUUUAAAUAUACUAUCAGCAGUUAAGCAUUGAGUGCUCUUACAGUACCAUACUGUGAUUAUAUGUUAUACAAUCCGGGUCAGUUAAGUACACAAACCCAAGACUCAAGUGGAAAUAUUAUAUAUGUGUAAUCCUAAAGAGGACAUUUAUAGAGAGAAUUCAUUUUUUCCUAGAAAUUUGUAGAACAGAAACAUUAUACAGUACAUAAUUUGAAGUACCUUAACAUUGCUGUUAUUGCGGUUAUUAAUUAAAUACUUUCCAAUAUAAAUUGAUUUAUACAAUAUUUGUUUUGUGGUGAAAACAAAUUGUUUGCAUCUCAGUGUUUGUGUAUCAGUGUUUUCAUUGUUUGACUAAAACAAACAACAAUGGUCAUUGUUUGACUAGGCAGAGGCUGGAAUGGUGAAACUGAUCCUGUGAGCAGAGGGAGGAGCAAAGGGUUGUUUAUACCACGGGAUGUUUAACUUGCUUUCAAAUCAUUGUGUGCUCGACCGAGGAACCAGCCAUGGGACUGCUGCUACCGAUCAUCCUCAGCUGUCUCGCAGCUCUCAUAGCAGGACUGUACGUUCUCGGGGUGUUUCGUCAGCGACGACCAGGAGAGCCCCCUUUGGAUAAAGGCCUUGUUCCCUGGCUUGGUCAUGUCUUCGAGUUUCGCAGGAACACCUUCAAGUUUCUGCAAAGGAUGAAGCAAAAACAUGGAGACGUGUUCACCGUCCAGAUGGGUGGAUUUUAUUUCACAUUCCUGCAGGAUCCGAUGUCAUUUGGGGCAUUUGUUAAAGAGACUCGAGAGAAGCUGGAUUUUGUCAAAUUUGCAGUCCAUCUGGUGCGCAGAGUGUUUGGGUAUGUUGCCAUAGAAAAUGAUCACCACCUACUUGAGGUAUCCAGCAAUAAGCACCUGAAAGGGGACGGUCUGGGGGUUAUGACACAAGCCAUGAUGAGCAAUUUGCAGAACCUUAUGCUGCACAACAUCAACUCAGAUGGAGAACAAAAGACCUGGAUAGAAGACGGGCUGUUUAUGUACUGCUACAAUAUUGUUUUCAGAGCUGGCUACUUGUCUCUCUAUGGAAAUGUUCCCAGCAAGUCAGUGGAAAGUGAGGAAAAAGCCAAAGAGAAAGACAGAGCUGAAUCAGAAGCCUUAUUUUACGAGUUUCGGAAAUAUGACCAACUCUUCCCCAACCUGGCUUAUGGGAUCCUGUCUCCAAAGCAAAGAGCUGAAGCAAACAGCCUAAUGAAUUACUUCUGGAAAACGCUGUCAGUGCAGAAGAUAAAGGCCAAGGACAACAUCAGUCGCUGGGUGGGGGACAUGCAGCAAGCUAAAGAGGAGCUGGGUAUGGAAGAGUCAAUGAUAAACAAGUACAUGUUUCUUCUGCUGUGGGCCUCUCAGGGCAACACAGGCCCCUCUUCAUUUUGGCUGCUCCUCUUCCUCAUGAAGCACCCAGAAGCAAUGAAAGCUGUAAAGGAAGAGGUAGAUAGGCUUGUGAAGGAAAGUGGACAAGAAGUGAAGCCUGGUGGCCCUUUGAUCGACCUCACUCGUGAAAUGCUGACAAAGACUCCAGUCCUGGACAGUGCAGUGGAGGAGACUUUGCGCCUCACUGCUGCACCUCUUCUAACGAGGGCAGUGCUCAAGGACAUGACCCUGAAGAUGGCCGACGGCCGCGAAUACCUGAUUCGUGAGGGUGACAGACUGGCAAUGUUCCCUUAUUUAGAUGUUCAUGUUGACCCUGAGAUCCAUCCUGAGCCACAUUCAUUUAAGUAUGACCGCUUCCUAAAUCCAAACGGAACCAGGAAAACAGAUUUUUACAAAGCAGGGAAGAAGGUGAAGUACUACACCAUGCCCUGGGGUGCAGGGGUGUCCAUGUGCCCCGGACGUUUCUUUGCCACCAAUGAGCUGAAACAGUUUGCUUUCCUCAUGCUGGUCUACUUUGACUUUGAGCUGAAGAAUCCUGAUGAGAAGAUCCCUGAAAUUGACUUCAAGAGAUGGGGUUUUGGAUCGAUGCAGCCUCUGAAUGAUAUCAAGUUUCGAUACCGACUUAGAUAUUAAACUACUCAUUCAUUCUGGGGGUAAUCAAAAUCUGUAAUCAUUUGUUGUAUUUACAAGAAAUCCUGUCAUUCAAUUGUACAUUUUUUUACAUUUCAGUGUUACAAUGUGAUAAGCUCAAAAUAGUUGUUGCUCACAAAUUUAAAGUUUUCUUGUUCUGCAACAUGUGAUUUACCACACACCACUUGGUUCUUUUUCAUCAUCAUUUUUUUUGGCAAUAGGCUUAAACAAGAGAUUUCAGUAAGCAACAGUGUGCAAGUAUCAUAUGCAUUAUUUCAAAUGUAAACAAUUCAAUUCAUCUGAUGUGUCAUUGAUGAUUAUACACAACUUGAUGCAACAAACAGCAGUGAUUCAUAGCAAGGAAACCAUUGAACACAUACAGUUUUUUUCUGUAUUCACACAACACAUGUUUCUUUUCAAUCUGCACAGUUUUAAAAUGUAAUUACUCAACCUUUAUGUGAAGCUUCACACUUAUCUUUGCAAUAAAAACAGGCUGGAUAAACAAAUAAUGCACAAUAGCCACUAUGUCUUUGUUGUUUUAAAGAAAAAAUGUUAAUGAAUGAAUGAAUGAAUGAAUGAAUGAAUGAAUGAAUGAAUGAAUGAAUGAAUGAAUGAAUGAAUCAAAGAGUCAAUAAAGAGUCAAUCAAAGUUGUCUUUAGACUUACACAGAGACAUAUGUAUAUAAGGUUCAAGGCUGACCGCUUGAUCUACAGUAAUAUACUGAACGUCAUGAGCCAAGGUUUAAACAGGUUCAGAUAACACAGGCCGAUCAUCCUUGACCUUUCCUAUUGUGCAACUGUCCUAUAUUAACUCCAAGUGCAAACAUGCCCCGACCAGAGGCCUAUAACAUAGUCGGGACCAGGAAAGCCACAGAAUAUGAAAACAAAUAAUAUAUUAAUUACACAACUGUGUCCUUUAAAUCAGCUGAAUGAUUUAAAGUACAUCCUUUACAAGACGUGCCAGUGACCAACUUGCAUCUAGGUUUGUACAAAUGUGUGAUUCUAAGAAAAUCAUUCAGCAUAAUCAUUUUGAAUGGAAAACCAGUUUAGUGAUUACAAUGCUCUUUGAAUAGUUGCUUCCAAUUUUCAGUCAAGCAUUCAGCACUGUUACAGUAUGAUGCUGUCAGUAUAUGUCACACAGUCAGGGUCAAUAAAGUACACAAACUCAAGAGUCAAAUGGAAAUAUAUGUGUAUAAUC